GGGCUUCCCUCCUGUCCUUUCCAUGAAGGCAAGAGUGGGGAAUGGGGUUGCUGACUUCAUCCCUUCCUUCUGGAGUGAGAGUCGCUGGUCGUCAGCUAGUCCUCACCCUACCUGCCUUGUUCUGUUUCCUAACACAGAUGUUUGGCUGUGGCUCUGUGGCCCAGGUUGUGCUCAGCCGGGGCACCCAUGGUGGUUUCCUCACCAUCAACCUGGCCUUCGGCUUCGCUGUCACCCUGGGCAUCCUUGUUGCUGGCCAGGUCUCUGGGGCCCACCUGAACCCUGCCGUGACCUUUGCUAUGUGCUUCCUGGCGCGUGAGCCCUGGAUCAAGCUGCCUGUCUACACCCUAGCUCAGACUCUGGGAGCCUUCCUGGGUGCCGGGAUUGUUUUUGGGCUGUAUUUUGAUGCAAUCUGGGGCUUUGCCAACAACCAGCUCAUAGUCUCGGGCCCCAAUGGCACAGCUGGCAUCUUUGCCACCUACCCCUCUGGACACUUGGACAUGGUCAAUGGCUUCUUCGACCAGUUCAUUGGCACAGCCUCCCUUAUCGUGUGUGUGCUGGCCAUUGUGGACCCCUACAACAACCCUGUCCCCCGUGGCCUGGAGGCCUUCACUGUGGGCCUGGUGGUCCUGGUCAUUGGCACCUCCAUGGGCUUCAACUCUGGCUACGCCGUCAACCCUGCCCGGGACUUCGGCCCACGCCUUUUCACCGCCCUUGCGGGCUGGGGCUCGGAAGUCUUCACGACCGGCCGCCACUGGUGGUGGGUGCCCAUCGUCUCUCCGCUCCUGGGUUCCAUUGCGGGUGUCUUCGUGUACCAGCUCAUGAUCGGCUGCCACUUGGAGCCGCCCCCACCCUCCACCGAUGAGGAGAAUGUGAAACUGUCCCAUGUGAAGCACAAGGAGCAGAUGUGAAGGGGCAGGGGCCAUCUGCCCCCUGCCUCCUCCCUUGAGCAUUCAUUGACUGUACAGGGGCUGCUCCCUAGAAGCCCCGCUUUAUGACCCCUCUCUCAGGCUAGGAAGCUGCUUGUAUACCACCACCCCUCUGAACAGCCCCCUUUGGGAUCUUCCAUCCUGCCCCAGUAGGACCAUUGGCCACUGCCCUUGAGCUGUGUUGGGACAGGGAGUAGGGCCAAUACAGCCCUUUGUCUCCCAAAGAGAGAGAACAGACUGCAGGUGUGUGAGUGUGUGUGCAUGUGCGGGUGUGUGGUUUUCCAGAUAUUCAGGGCAAGGGACCAAGUAGAAAGGAUUCUAGCUGCAGGAGAGUGGGUGAGAGGAAGGGGGAAGGUGACAUGUCUGUCUAUGAGUGAGGAAAAGGCCAGGGGUCUGCAUGUUACAGGGGCUCCAUGUGGAGAAGGGUCCAGACAUGUGUUUCUGAGUAUGUGUGUGUCUGCGCUUUUUUCUACGUCGGGGUGUUUGGGGGAGGUAGGGUGGGAAUAUGAGUAGGGCUGGGAGGAGAGGAUCACAGCCCAGGUGUGGAGCUCUGGCUAUUCAUACAUAAGUAGGAGCAGAGUGACGUGUUUCUGUCACAAAGGAGGCAUGAAAGGGGUGGGGUGAAGUCCAGGUCAUAAGUUUCAUGUUUGCUCUUAAAAAAAAAUGUAUAUAUAUAUAGCGCAGAUGUUACAGCUUUAGGGAUGGGGUUGGGAGAGUCUAAAUAGGUCUUCACUCUUUUAAUCCUCCACUCAACACAUGUACUCUUUUGCCUUUUAUAAAAAAACCAAUAAAAUGUAUACCAAUUGUUUAAAUA